AUGGCCGACGACGACGUGCUGUUUGAAGAUGUGUAUGAGCUGUGUGAGGUGAUUGGGAAGGGCCCAUUCAGUGUUGUCCGAAGAUGUAUCAACAGGGAAACUGGACAGCAGUUUGCUGUGAAAAUUGUCGAUGUCGCAAAGUUUACAUCAAGUCCAGGAUUAAGCACAGAAGAUUUGAAGAGAGAAGCCAGCAUAUGUCACAUGCUGAAACAUCCACACAUUGUGGAGCUCUUGGAGACGUACAGCUCCGAUGGAAUGCUCUACAUGGUCUUCGAAUUCAUGGAUGGAGCCGACCUGUGCUUUGAAAUUGUAAAAAGAGCCGAUGCUGGUUUUGUGUACAGUGAAGCAGUUGCCAGUCACUACAUGCGACAGAUUCUAGAAGCCCUGCGCUACUGUCAUGACAAUAAUAUCAUUCACAGAGAUGUAAAGCCACACUGUGUACUCCUCGCUUCAAAAGAAAAUUCUGCCCCUGUCAAGCUUGGUGGUUUUGGAGUUGCAAUACAAUUGGGCGAGUCUGGCUUAGUAGCUGGAGGUCGAGUAGGAACACCGCACUUUAUGGCUCCAGAGGUGGUGAAGAGGGAGCCUUAUGGGAAACCUGUAGAUGUCUGGGGAUGUGGCGUAAUACUUUUUAUCCUGUUAAGUGGCUGUUUGCCUUUUUAUGGCACAAAGGAGCGAUUGUUUGAGGGCAUUAUCAAAGGAAAAUACAAGAUGAAUCCUCGACAAUGGAGCCAUAUAUCUGAAAGUGCUAAAGACUUGGUGCGCCGCAUGCUUAUGUUGGACCCCGCUGAAAGAAUAACAGUCUACGAGGCGCUCAAUCACCCCUGGCUAAAGGAGAGAGAUCGCUAUGCAUACAAGAUCCACUUGCCAGAAACUGUAGAACAACUAAGAAAAUUUAAUGCAAGAAGGAAAUUAAAGGGAGCGGUUCUAGCAGCUGUGUCUAGCCACAAAUUCAAUUCAUUUUAUGGGGAUCCUCCCGAAGAAUUACCUGACUUCUCUGAAGACCCAACUUCAUCAGGAGCCGUGUCUCAAGUACUGGAUAGUCUGGAGGAGAUCCAUGCACUUACCGACUGCAGUGAGAAAGACCUUGAUUUCCUGCACAGUGUUUUCCAGGAUCAGCACUUGCACACACUUCUAGAUCUUUAUGACAAAAUCAAUACAAAGUCUUCGCCACAAAUCAGGAAUCCUCCGAGUGUUGCUGUACAGCGAGCCAAAGAGGUUUUGGAAGAAAUAUCUUGUUACUCUGAGAAUAAUGAUGCGAAAGAGCUGAAGCGUAUUCUGACACAACCUCAUUUCAUGGCCUUACUACAAACUCAUGAUGUGGGCCAUGAAGUUUACAGUGACGACGCACUAAGAGUUUACACCACCUCCAACAUCUCCUAUUUAAACGGAGAUUCUCCAGAAGGCGUGAACGGUGAUAUGGACAUGGAAAACGUUACACGGGUCCGUUUAGUACAGUUCCAGAAGAAUACAGAUGAGCCAAUGGGUAUAACUCUAAAGAUGAAUGAGCUGAACCACUGCAUUGUUGCCAGAAUUAUGCAUGGAGGAAUGAUUCACAGGCAAGGUACCCUCCAUGUAGGCGACGAAAUACGGGAAAUAAAUGGAAUUAGCGUAGCAAACCAGACGGUGGAACAACUUCAAAAGAUGCUGAGAGAAAUGAGGGGCAGUAUCACAUUCAAGAUUGUUCCAAGUUACCGAACUCAGUCUUCUUCCUGUGAGAGAGAUUCCCCCUCUACAUCCAGACAGUCCCCCGCUAAUGGUCAUAGCAGCAUUAACAAUUCUAUUUCGGACAUACCAUCAACUACUCAAUCAAAAGGACGACAGAUAUAUGUAAGAGCACAAUUCGAAUAUGAUCCAGCAAAGGAUGACCUAAUACCCUGUAAAGAAGCUGGCAUCAGAUUUAGAGUUGGGGACAUUAUUCAGAUUAUUAGUAAAGAUGAUCACAACUGGUGGCAAGGCAAACUGGAAAAUGCAAAGAAUGGUACUGCCGGUCUCAUACCGUCUCCAGAGCUACAGGAAUGGCGUGUGGCAUGCAUUGCAAUGGAAAAGACGAAACAAGAACAGCAAGCCAGCUGUACUUGGUUUGGCAAAAAAAAGAAGCAGUAUAAAGACAAAUAUCUGGCAAAGCACAAUGCAGUCUUUGACCAACUAGAUCUGGUUACUUAUGAAGAGGUGGUGAAACUACCAGCUUUCAAAAGGAAAACACUAGUCCUCCUAGGUGCACAUGGCGUUGGCAGACGACACAUAAAGAACACACUAAUAACUAAACAUCCUGACAGAUUUGCUUACCCUAUCCCACACACAACCAGACCUCCAAAGAAAGAUGAAGAAAAUGGAAAAAAUUACUUCUUUGUAUCCCACGACCAAAUGAUGCAAGAUAUCUCAAACAAUGAAUAUCUGGAAUAUGGCAGCCAUGAGGAUGCUAUGUAUGGGACAAAACUGGAAACAAUACGAAAGAUCCAUGAACAGGGACUUAUUGCAAUACUUGAUGUAGAACCUCAGGCUCUAAAAGUCCUGAGAACAGCAGAAUUUGCUCCUUUUGUGGUCUUCAUUGCUGCACCUACUAUUACCCCAAGCAUCACAGAGGAUGAAUCCCUUCAACGACUGCAAAAGGAGUCAGAACUUCUACAGAGAACAUAUGCACACUACUUCGAUCUAACAAUUAUCAACAAUGAGAUUGAUGAAACUAUUAGACAUCUGGAGGAAGCCAUUGAGCUUGUGUGCACAGCACCACAAUGGGUUCCUGUAUCCUGGGUCUAUUAGACCAUUUUCAAGGGAACUGUCGGUGUUUUAUGACUUCAAAAUCACCUUGUGCAGUACUUGGAGAAUCCUCUCUGUUGGCAUCCUGUCAACUGGUCUUGGCCCCACAGAGACUACCUAAAUGUAGUGUGAUCUAAAUUUAUAAUUAUUGUCAUGUCCUAAUAGGUGGGAAGGAAAACAAAGCAAACUUUCAGUGCAAAUUUAAAGAGACAGUAUCUGUUUUUUAACCUUUUAUUUCUCCUAGAUUGUAUUAAAAUAUACCUUUUUAAAGUAUAUGCAUUAUUCAGUCCUUUUGAAUGUUAUAUUUUUGGAAACCAUAGCUUUUUGUUUUAAAGGCCUCUGAAAACUGCACAAGUGAUAUGCUGCUUUCUAUAAUCUAUUUUAAUAAUGGGGGAAUUUGGUCACCAUAGCAGGGGUGGAACACUACAUUCUAUUUAGUCUUAUGUCAUCCAUUCAAUAAUAAAGGCACUAUUUAAUUUAUUUACACACAUAGCCUUCAUCUAUUGGAAGAGGGUUACCACAUAUUUAAUGGCCUUUUUCCUUUGAUAAUUUUCUUAAAGUAUUUACUGCAUAAAAUAGUUUUAUUUGAUACUGUCUCUUUGAAGAAAACUAUAAACAAUAUAGAAAGUGGGUCUUAAUGCAUGUGGACAGUCGCAAGCGUUUAUACUGUUGGUGUAUCUGUGUUGAACAAAUCUGUAACUUACAGAAACAUACAUUCCGUUCAUGGGAAUUCGUACCCGAGGGAACUACCGUAAUUACAAUUAUUAUAACCAAGUUGUAAACCUAUGCACAUCCCUUGCAUUUUGGGCAACUUUAUAAAAAAAAAAACAUGAUUUUUACUAUUAAUCAUGUAGUGUAAUGUGUUUGUAAUUUUGUCUCAAUUUAAUUUGUUGUAAACAGGGGAAGGUAACAACUGAUUUUAAUUUUUUUUUUUUUGCUUUUUUUUUUUUUUGCUUUUUCCAUUUCAAAUUCAUGUUGUCAAGACAAGUAUUAGUGUUUAAUUAAGGAAAGCAAUUGUUUUUUUUAUGUAUUGUAAUUGUUCAAAAUGCACAAAACAUGAUUUAUGUAACAGAUGGUUUUGGGGACCGAUUUCAAACCAAUAUUCCAUAUUAUCUAAAAAGAAAAAUAAUGCCCUGUAAAUUCUUUAGCAGAGUGGAAUCAAAGUUUAGCUUGACCAAUAUUUUAUUUUAUUUUAUUUUUAAAUAUAUUUCCUAUUAUGUGUUCAAUGUUUUUGGGUCAUUCAUUUAUUGCAUCUGAGAAAUUUUUAUAAUUCUUGUGGCACAGUGGAUGAUUGUGCAGAUAAUUUGUCUUACUGGUUGCACAUUACAUGUGCUAUUCGGGAAGUUGAUGAUGGGGUUACAUUUUUCCCAAUCUCUUUACUUCUUGUUUCAAUUGGCACAGUUUUAAUUCCAAAAGCACAAAAUGUACAGUACAUUAAAGUCACAAGAUGAAAUUCAUAACUCAAAAAUUUACAAGAAACUAUUCAUAUGACAUCUCACACAAGUCAUCAUCACUCUCAUAGAUAAAGCAUUCCUGGAUAGAAGCAAUCCGAGUCUCCUGAAUUUGUGAGAUAUUGGUUUUAACACUUUCUAAUAUUUCCUUAUUUUUCAGUCUGUUUUUUCUUUUUCCAAAAAGUACUCUUUAAUUUUGUCAAAAAAAAGUCUUAAUCCUCCUGUUGUGGAUGAAGCAAUCAUUCUGUAGAUUUUAGAACCUUGACGUUACCUCUUAUUUGAGCAUGUUGGUGCAAAGGAGAGAAGCACUCCAAUUUCAAAAUUGUAUAACUGUAAACCAAAAAUGUAGUGUCUUUAUCCAACACGUUUUGUUAAAUCCAUCAAUAUGGAAUACUUUGACUUUUUUAUUUCUUCGUUUCUAGUCUUCUACACCUGUAAACGUCCAUGAUAAUCUUUCUGCUCAAGGUUGGCUGAUAACGGUAAAUAGUGAAAAAGAAAAGGCGAUUCACCAUAAGAAUAUAAAUAAAAUCCAAUUUAUUUUGUCCUGUGCUAUUUUUAUUUCCGACUCCUCUCUCCAUUUUAAAGCUAAUGUACUGUAUAUAUUGAUCUUUAUUAUCUUCCAUUUAACUACAAAUUAAAGCAAAGGACUGCCUCCUCAAGAAUGAAUUUUUAUUUUUUUUAUCCAGAAUAUAUGAAAAUCGUGUUCAGUAUAAAGUCACUUGAUUUGUUAACAUUCAAAUAUAACAACCUAGCCAUAAAUAUUUUACACCACCAAAUCAGAAUUCAGUAUAUCCAGGACACUAUCUUUCAUUUUUAAGUGACUUCUUGAAUUUCUGUACAUUCACAAUGAAUUUGUGAAAUGUCUUUUUACAUAAAAAAAAAUCUGGAGUAUAAUUUAUUUUUCAUAUCAGUUGUAGUUUUUAAGAGAACAACCUCUCAUCCUUAUUAAAAUAGUUGGAUGGGGAAAUUACUGGUGCUAGAUAAACUGAAUUACUACAUGUUGCAAAGUAGGUUUCUUGCUUAAAGAUAAUGUCAGUUGCUUUCUUAGGCUUCCUAAUCACAAGAUCUGUUUAUCUUGCCAAGAAAAUGUUUUUUUUCAGUGCCUAUUAUCACAUUACAAAAAAUUUCAAACCUGUAAAUCAUUUAAUGUGCAAUUCAUCGAUCAUCUUGGUCAUUUCUUUUAGAAUUGCUAUUGAGUACAUCCUUUAUGGUGAAUGUUGGGAAUUUGUUGUCGUUGCAGUAAUCCGCUCCCGGCAAAGGGCUAAAUCACUGCUAAUAAAUGAGAGGUGUAAUGAAUUUCACUGUAAAAAAAAAAAAAUAAUACAGUGCUUCUUUUCAAGGUGCCACACUCCCCUAGAGGUAAAGUCUUUGGCCGGAUGGGAUUAAUACAUUGGCAAAUACCAACUAUUGUCUUUGUGAAAAAAUAUGUACAUUUGAAUAGAAUAUGCUGUGAAGAAAAGAAUAAUCUGAUAUCUAGGUUUCAACUGUACAUUAGCUCAUAAGUCAUAAGAAAGCAGAUUCUGUCACUUUGUAAGAUCGACUAAUCAGAAUUAAAGCCAGGUGAAAGAUCUUUGCAACAUGUUAUCCCUGUGUUUAUUUCUUCUGUACACAGUUUUUUGUGUCGUUCCUUUUGUCAAUGGAUUGUUCUAGGCACCACCUCAUUUUUCCUUAAU